AUGAACGACACCCUAGCGUGGGACUGGACUCCCAGGCCCUCGAGAGCUGCGACCCAGGGGUCCUGUAACCCAAACGAGGAGAGAUUCUGCUUUCAGAUCAAUAAAGGACAACGGACAAACCAAAGGAUCGAAGCAGGGGUGCGUCAAUGGAUGACCACCCAGUUAAAGGGCGGAGAGAGUUAUCACCAUCAAAAGGCAAGGUAUGAGAGCGGUACGAAGAUACAGUCCAAGGGUACCAGCGUAUUGGAGUGGGAGGACCUGAUAGAUAGCGUAGUACAUUGGUGUCUUAGAAGAAGUCAAGACAAGAAGAAUGAUAAUAGCGAGGAGAAGCUUCUAGGACUUGCAGAGUCGAGACUAUGGCAAAGUCUGAUGGGAGCGAGGGGUCCGAUCCGGUGUGCUGCUUCAGCAGAUUGCCAGAAGAUGUUAUAUCUGAUUGGUUGCGUGUUAUCGUGGUUUUUGGAAGGGAACAGGAACAUCUUAAAACAAGCCGGCAGGGGAUGGGACCCAUGUAAAAGGCUGAGGAGUCAGGUAGAGAAUAGUGUGAAAACCAUAUCAAGGGGUGAAGAUAAUUGGACCGUUACCAUCAAAAAGUCAGCCGAGUGUGAUGUGGAUGGACACUUUAAGGAUUGUGGCUCGCAACUCGUGAGUUUAGUUUUGAGUGUAGCAGCAGCAGUAAAGAGUCUUUGUCCGGGGUGUCCAUAUCAGGUACUCGAUGAAUUCUUUGGGAAUGCGUUCAGGUUAGGACCAGGCCAGAGUCUUUAUUGUGAAGCCAAGCAGGGAGUAUAUAAUAGAUGUAGAGUGGGAAAUUCAAGACAGGGGGAGGAGCUCGUAUUAUUUUCUUAUGACGAUCAGAACACCAAGGAACCCAAACCCCAAGCUCAACCCCAACUCGGACUGAACAAGGACGCCGCCUUAAACGAGUUAACCAGCGCCCCCUCCCCCUCCUCCCGAGCGGUGCCGACGGUAGUGCAGCAAAAGCAAGAGGUGCAGGCACCUUCCUCCCAGGCAGCAGUUGAAUCCCCAGCAGGAAACGACAGAACGGAGGAAGGGUCAGAUGGCGACUUCAGCCUACAACAAACUCCCGAGAUCCCCAGCGAGAAAAGCAUAGACGGAACGAACAUGAACUCCUUGUCUGAGGACACCGGAGGAAUUGGAGUCUUAGGCGGAACUGGAGAGAGUCAGGUCAGCGAAAGCUUGGAUUCUGAAACUCAUUCCAUCGGAUCAAACAUCCAACAGACGGAGGAGGAGCUGACGGUGAAAGACAGUCCCAACACAAAUCAAAUAGAGGAAUUCUCAGAGACGGAACAGAAAGGGGUGGGGAAAAUUCUGGGAAUAGUCAUCGGAGUGAGUUUAAUGUUCGUGACUUCGGGAAGCCUAGGAACUCUAGGGCGGGCGUACCAGGAUCGUCUCAAUGGCGGGGCAGAAGAUGAACCAGAAGCGUCAGGGUUCCUGAGGCAUCAGGAAAGGGUUCUAAGGACAAUGAGAAGCAGUAGAGAGGAGGGCAGGAGUGCAUCCCCACCCACUAGUCAGGGAGAUCCUAUCCUAGGCUUCCGAGAAGCGGCUCCAAGGUCAGGGGGGGAGGCAUGA